UUUCUCAGCGCCGUCGUGUGCGAGAGGCUUGCCCCUACCUGCUUCGGGCAGAGUCUGCUAAGGUGCCCCUGUCCGCCGAUUCAUGUGGUAAUGAGUGUCGAAGAGACAAAUUAUAAAGCAGAGGAGGAGGAGGAUAUAGGUCGGAAUUUUAGUGGGGCCAGGAAAGGUCUCGCUGAAAAGAUGACUUUCGAGCAGAGAGCUGACACAAGUGAGAGAACUAACCACGCAGACGUCUCGGAGAAGCGCCGUCAGGCAGAGCGACCGGUCAUCGCAGAAGCUGGGAAGCAGGAACUCGCCUGAACUGCAAGAAACCUGAGAGUCAGGGUUGAGGGAAGUGGCUACAGCUGGAGACAAAGUCCGAGGAAGCAGGCGCAGUUACAGACACUAACCCUGGAACACAGUGGCAACCCUGAUCUGUGUAGUUGUCAGUUAUAACCCCCAGAAGAAACUAGAGAUCAGGAACAAACCCUGAAGAACACCCACAUAUGGUACAAGUCAAGAAGGAGAUGCCAAGAAAGUAGAAGGUUUUUCUGCCGUUUCUUGGCAAAAAUGGCAAACAAUGAUGCUGUUCUGAAGAGACUGGAACAGAAGGGAGCAGAGGCAGAUCAAAUUAUUGAGUAUCUUAAGCAGCAAGUUGCUCUUCUUAAAGAAAAAGCAAUUUUGCAGGCAACUUUGAGAGAAGAGAAGAAACUUCGAGUUGAAAAUGCUAAACUGAAGAAAGAAAUUGAAGAAUUGAAGCAAGAGCUAAUUCAGGCAGAAAUUAAAAAUGGAGUGAAACAAAUACCGUUUCCAUCUGGCCCUCUACUGCAAGGUGAUUCCAUGGUUUCCAAAAAUGUGAUGCAGUCUGUACCAUUAACAGCCAUAUCGUUUGGUGCCAAAGAACAGAUAAAAGGAGGAGGAGAAGAAGAAAAGAAGGUGAAAGAGAAAAUUGAAAAGAAAGGAGAGAAAAAGGAGAAGAAGCAGCAGUCUCUCCCAGGAAGUGCUGACUCUAAGCCAAUAGAUGUUUCCCGUCUGGAUCUUCGAAUUGGUCAUAUCAUCACUGCCAAAAAACAUCCUGAUGCAGAUUCUUUGUAUGUAGAAGAAAUAGAUGUUGGAGAAGCAGCCCCAAGAACAGUUGUCAGUGGCCUGGUGAACCAUGUUCCUCUCGAACAGAUGCAAAAUCGGAUGGUGAUUUUACUUUGUAACCUAAAACCUGCAAAGAUGAGGGGAGUACUAUCACAAGCAAUGGUGAUGUGUGCUAGUUCACCAGAGAAAGUUGAAAUCUUGGCACCUCCUAAUGGGUCUGUUCCUGGAGACAGAAUUACUUUUGAUGCUUUUCCUGGAGAGCCUGACAAGGAGCUGAACCCUAAGAAGAAGAUUUGGGAGCAGAUCCAGCCUGAUCUUCACACUAAUGAUGAGUGUGUGGCUGCAUACAAGGGAGCUCCCUUUGAGGUGAAAGGGAAGGGAGUGUGUAGGGCUCAGACUAUGACCAACAGUGGAAUAAAAUAAAACUAAAUUAGAACGCUUCCAUGACUGAAAUACAUUGGAAAACUUUAAUAACAAUAAAAAGAAAUACAUGUGUCACUUAUUCCUAAAAUGUAACUGGCUCGUUUUUGUGUUAUUUCUCUUCUAGACUUGACUAGUCUCUUACCUGGUAUAUAUUAUUUGCAAUUGAUUAGAGAGGCACGAUGUUUUUACCCAUGGAUUUUGAUCCUUUAUAAUGUAGAGAAGAAAUGGCCUAUGUUUUGUGAUGAUUUAGUUUUUAGCAGAAAUGUUGGUUAGCAGAUUGUUCUUUCUUUAUGCAUUUUUAGAUAACUUGAACUAGAUUAACAUUUAGUUUCUUGUUUAUAGGCACACAAUACAUGAAAUUUCAAGCCCUUGGAUUUUUAGUAUAUUGUAUGUGUGUGUUAUAAAUGUCUUCUCUUCAAAAAUGAUGUUAGAAUUUUUGUAAGGUUUAUUAGCUAGUCGUAUUGUAAUAAUAUUGAAAAUGAACAACUGUUGAUUUUAAAGAGCCAAGCGUCAUAAAAGCUAGGAGAUGUGGCAUUUGAACAUUAUUGCUGUUGCUUGCCAAAGUAACCCAGACUUGUAUAUUUAAGGCAACUCUUUUGAAAGACUGAAAUUUUCAACUGUGUAUUGAACUUUUCUUUCCGUUUAGCAAAGUAAUUAGUAAUAAAUUUUGACUGUGAAGCAUAAACACAUUGCAGAGUAUUCCCAAUGUAGUUUUCCAAUAAAUGGACCAUUAAAAGCA